UUCCCCACGCCAUAAACAGCGGGGUCUAGGGUUAGAAUCGCACCAAACUAUUCUUCCUCUCAUACGCAAGACCAAACCAAAUUUCCCCAACCGCAGCCGCCGCCUUCGUCGCGAGACCUUCGUUCGGGAGAGAUCGAUCCAGCGAUGGAGUGCCUUGCCGAGAUGCCGCACGCGCCGCUGGACCGCCGCCCGCGCAAGCGGCAGCGGCUUGGGUGGGACGUCGGGCCCGACAUGACUCAGAUAAAAUUUUGUGGCCAAGAAGUUGCAAAUGCAAUCAGUGCUGCUACAGUGGGGCUCUCAGCGGGCGGUAUUGUUUCCUCUCAGAUGGCCCAAGAGCUCCUUCGUUUGGUAACCCCUCCGCUGAGGGAAGACGACAAAGACGGACAUUAUGUUUUUGCUGUGGGAGACAACCUCACAUCUCGCUAUAGGAUUGAUGCAAAAAUGGGUGAAGGUACCUUUGGCCAGGUGUUGGAAUGUUGGGAUAGGGAACGGAAAGAGAUGGUCGCAAUUAAGAUCAUCAGAGGCAUUGAGAAGUACAGGGAUGCUGCAAUGAUUGAAAUUGGCAUGCUCGAGCAGCUUUGUAAAUAUGAAAAAAGUAAAUCCAGUUGUGUUCAAAUUCGGAACUGGUUUGACUAUCGUAACCAUAUCUGUAUUGUCUGUGAGAAGCUUGGGCCAAGCUUAUAUGAUUUUCUGCGGAAAAACAAUUACCGCUCAUUCCCAAUUGCCGUAGUUCGGGAGGUUGCCAAACAACUGUUGGAAUGUCUAGCAUUUAUGCAUGAAUUGCGCCUCAUUCACACUGAUUUAAAGCCAGAGAACAUCCUUCUUGUUUCUCCAGAGUACAUUAAAGUGCCUGAUUACAAAGUUUCAUCCCGUUCCCCAAAGGAGGGAUCCUAUUACAAACGUGUGCCCAAAUCCAGUGCAAUAAAGGUGAUUGAUUUUGGCAGCACAACAUUUGACCAGCAGGACCAGACCUAUGUGGUUUCUACUAGGCAUUAUCGGGCUCCGGAAGUGAUCUUGGGACUUGGUUGGAGUUACCCGUGUGAUAUCUGGAGUGUUGGUUGUAUACUGGUUGAACUCUGCACGGGAGAGGCGUUGUUUCAAACUCAUGAAAAUUUGGAGCAUCUAGCCAUGAUGGAGAGGGUGCUUGGUCCAUUGCCAUAUCACAUGCUUAAAAGGGCAGAGUACGUUGCUGCCUUUAUCCAAAUCAAUGCAGUAAGCUUGUUCAGUCUUCUGAGGAUUACUAGGGUGUUAUGUCCUUAUUUCUUACUUAUAUGUAGUCGACAAGCUGAGAAAUAUGUCAGAAAGGGCCGUUUAAACUGGCCUGAUGGAUGUGCUUCACGGGAGAGUAUGAAAGCUGUUAUGAAGCUGCCUCGUUUUCAGAAUCUGGUUAUGGAAAAUGUAGAUCGAUCUGCUGGAGAUUUUAUUGAUCUUUUGCAUGGGCUGCUGAGGUAUGAUCCAGCGAGGCGACUAACAGCCCAGGAGGCACUUGAGCAUCCAUUCUUGACAGAGCGAACUGAGCAAAGAAAAUGAUGUUCCAUCACUAGCACAUGACAUCUUCCAUGUUCCCAAACUUAUGUGAUGGGCUGAUGGCCAAACUUUGACUUCCAGUCUCCAGCGCACCAUCAGAGAUUAUGCUGUACAGAUGCAAGUUGCUUCAAUCUUCUUUUUGAAGCAUAAAUCCAGUGGCUGUACAUAUUGGUUGUCUGUUGUCGAGAUGAAAUUGUUUCAAUCUUUUUGAAACAAAAAAUCCAAUGGAUGUCUUGUAUUCUUGUUGUUACCAAUUGUAUAUAAGGAAUUAUUGAUCAAUAAGGUGUCUGAGCGUUGGAGCAUUUGGUUUUACAAAUGAAUUGCACGUUCAUCUC